AAUAAUUGACUUGAGAAGUGACGCAGUCAUCUGACGCUAACAACUCCUCCCACACCACCACGGGUUUGAGAACAGUAGUGUGGGGAGUCAGAUUCUUCCAAACCAUGUCUUACGUGCUGUUUAUUCUUUUGAGCCUGGUAAUCAUUCUCGUCGCCCUCCUUUACUUCCUGGGCGCUUUGAGAAGGAGGGGACCGAACGAGCCGCCUCUGGAUACCGGCUACCUGCCAUGGUUCGGCCACGUCCUGUCAUUCCGAAGGCACACAGAGCAAUUCCUGCAGGAGAUGCAGAAAAAGUAUGGGGAUAUCUUCACAGUCCAGCUAGCCGGCUGUUACAUUACAUUCCUGAUGGACCCGAUAUCCUACGGAGCCGUGAUGAAGGCGUCGAGAUCGAAAUUAGACUUUGAAAAGUUUGCAAUUGAGUUGGUUGCAAGGGUAUUCGGUUAUCACGCCCAACAAAAUGACCAUAAGCUGCUGGGGGCAAUAAGUAACAAACACCUCAUGGGGGACGGUUUGGUUGUUCUGACCCAAGCCAUGAUGAUAAAUCUACAGAAACUGAUGCUUCACAGGACUGCGGACUGUACCAGAGAAUGGAAGCAAGAUGGACUGUUUAAUUACUGCUACAAUAUAGUAUUCAGGGCGGGCUACCUCUCUCUGUUCGGUAACGAACCAACCAAGGGAGAUCAGGACCGUGCUAAUAAACUGGACCGAGAAAACUCGGAACAACUCUACUACGAGUUCCGGAAAUACGACCGACUGUUUCCCAGGCUCGCUUACGCUGUACUCCCGCCCAAGGAGAAGCUGGAAGCCGAGAGGCUUAAGAGGCUGUUCUGGAGCUUACUCUCUGUGCAGAAAGUGAGAAACCGGGAACAAAUCAGCGGCUGGGUGUCGGUGCGCCAGCGCCAGAUGGAUGAACAAGGAGUUCAGUUGGAUAUGCAGAGCCGCUACAUGUUCCUGCUGCUCUGGGCGUCUCAGGGAAACACCGGUCCCUCGGCUUUCUGGCUCCUCUUAAGCCUUUGCCGUAGUCCCAAAGCCUUGAACGCGGUGCGAGCCGAAGUGGACGAGCUGCUGGCGCAGACCGGCCAGCGAGCGACGGCGGACGGACCACUGGUCAACCUGACCCGGGAUAUGCUGCAGAAGACUCCGGUGCUGGACAGUGCCGUGGAGGAGAGCCUGCGUAUGUACGCCGCUCCUCUACUGUCCAGGGCCGUGGUGGAGGACUUUGAGCUGUCCAUGCCUGACGGCCGGCGUUACUUGCUGCGGAAAGGGGACCGGGUGGCUGUUUUCCCUCACCUUUCGCCACAGAUGGACCAGGAAGUGCAUCCGCGGCCGCACUCCUUCCAGUUCGACCGGUUCCUCAACGCGGACGGGACAAAGAAGACGGACUUCUACAAGAAGGGCCAGAAGCUGAAGUAUUACAACAUGCCGUGGGGGGCUGGCGCCAGUAUGUGUCCCGGUCGCUUUUUCGCCACCAACGAACUAAAGCAGUUUGUUUUCCUCAUGCUCUGCUACUUCGACUUCGAGCUGGUGAACGCCGAGGAAGAUAUACCGCCCGUUGACAAUAAUCGCUGGGGCCUUGGCAUAAUACACCCUGCUUACGAUGUCCAGUUCAGAUACCGCUUCAGGUUUUAGCAGCUUGUUACUUUUUUUUCCCCUAAACGCAUACACCCGUUCUAUUUACCCAGGUUAACACAUAAAACUCAAAACCACUAAUCACUGGUAGUUUAAAAAUGAUUGAUAAACUUCUGAAUAUGAGGGGAAUCAAUGGGUAGUGAAAUAAGAUAUACAUACCUAUUGGCUGCUGGAUGUUCCGGGGUUUCGAUGUUUCAAAAGGGACAAGCGAGGGAGGUAAAAGCGGUAUUGCUAAUCAGGGAUAAUAUCACAGCUGCAGAGAGGAGUGAGUUCUGGAGGGAUUGUCUACUGAAUCUGUGUGGGUGGAAGUCAGAAACGGGUAGAGAUAGAGAGCACUCUUCAAAGUUGCUGGUGAACGCAGCAGGCCAGGCAGCAUCUCUAGGAAGAGGUACAGUCGACGUUUCAGGCCGACUCCCUUCGUCAGGACGAGACCCUUCGUCAGGAUGUGUGUUGCUUGAAUUUCCAGCAUCUGCAGAAUUCCUGUUGUUUAGGGAGCACUCUAUUAAGAGUAUUCUAUAAACUAAUAGCAACAGAGACGCUGAUAGGCAGAUUGGGGCACACACAUAAUAAGGUUGUUAUCUUCCCUAAUAUUGAUUGGCACCUCCUUAAUGCAAAAGUUGUAGAUAGGACAGAAUUUGUUAGCCGUAUAGUCAAGCCACUAGAGGAGAUGCCCUACUGGAUCUGGCACUAGGCAAUAACUUGGUUUGAUGUCAGAUCUCUCUGUAGGUGAUGUGACGACAAACCAAGUUAUCGGAAGAUUGAUGCUGAUGAGAGAGAUAAGAGAGACAAAUGGAGAAACGUUCAAAAUGUUAAUGAGAGAGGAGAGAGAUAACGAAAAGAGACACAAUUCCGAGUAUUGACAGACCGGUUGCUUUGAACCUGAACUGUUUGAAGUUUGAUGGACAGGCGAUACCCCAGCAGGGAGAUAAAUAGAACAGGUUCACUAAGGCAUGACACACCAUGAGAUCACAAGAUAAUGAGACCCUGGAAGAGCGGUGUGCCCCCACAGGUUGGUGGGAGUUUGGAGGUCUGGUCGCGGGAACCGACCAUAGACGCACAGGGUGAAAGGGUACGAUCGGCGGGAACCUGGUGUGUGUGUCCGCCCUUGCCUGGGUGCCGGGUUCACCGCGGAAGAAUGGUUGUAUCCGGAGCAGAGGGGUCACAGUCGGUGACCACAGAAGACAUAAAAAAGGGUCCACCCAAAAGCCAACUGCGAAGAACAUCUGCUGAAUCAGAUUUGCAUAUCUCUGUCUCUCUCUCUCCAAUGGCACAACAGCGAUUACUGCGAACUGUACUAAGCUGAACUGAACUCUGCGUCACUUGAGACUGAUCAUUUUACCCCUAGACUGCGAUAGAGCUUGGUUGAUUCCUAUUACCCUAGUUCUGUGUACAUGUGUGUUUUAUCAUUGCUAACCUGUUGCAUUUAUAUCCUUACGCUUAGAGUACUGUGUUACUUAUUUCUUUAAUAAAAAACUUUAUUAGCUUCUGUUAAACCAGACUCCAACUAAAUGGUCCAUCUCUGCUGGUUUGGCAACCCAGUUACGGGGUACGUAACAUAAGUGGGGAUCUCGUCCGCGAUUUUGAACACCAAAUUUGGGACUGGGUAAAUUGAUUGGGUUAAAAUUACCGAAAGAAAGAAAGGGCAAACAGCAGAAAUGGAGAUUGAGGAAUUUCUAAAGGCGCCAACCUUGGAGGCAUUAGAGGAUGCCAGGAAAUCAGAAUUGGCAACUGUGGCCAAACGGUUGAAUCCUUUUAAGGGGAAGUUGAGAAUGAGGAGAGCGGAGAUGCACAGAGCUAUCAUAGAGCAUUAUGUAUCUAAAGGUGUGUUUCCCCAAGGGGAGCUGGAGGUGGUAUCUAUGGGCAAACCUGGUGGAGAAGCAGUACAGCUGCAAAUGGAAAAAUUGAGACUCGAGCACAAGUUCCAGGUAAAACAGCUGGAAUGAGAAGAGAGGGACAGGCAGCUGGACCGAGAAGAGAGGGACCGGCAGUCAGAACGAGAAGAGAGAGAGAAACAGAGGGAAAGGGAAUUUGAGCUGGAGAAGUUAAGGAUGACACUAGUGCAGGGACCCAUGCCGAACCAAGGUGGAGGGUUCAGGGCGACCCAGCAGGUUAGGCUGGUUCCCCCAUUUGAGGAGGCCGAUGUUGAUCGGUACUUUCUACAUUUUGAAAAAGUCGCUGCAAGCCAGGACUGGCCAAGGGAUAAAUGGGCUGUUUUGCUUCAGAGUGUACUAAAAGGAAAAGCUCAACAAGCUUACUCGGCAUUGUCCGCAGAAGAUGCCCAGAGGUAUGAUGUGGUGAAAGAGGCGAUACUCAGGAUUUAUGAGUUGGUCCCGGAGGCAUACCGGCAGAGGUUCCGGAAUGCGAGGAAGCAGUGGGGCCGCACAUAUUUAGAGUUUGCCCGUAAGAUGCAGAUGUAUUGUGAGCGUUGGUGUGCCUCAAAAGGGGUCAAUGGGGAUUAUGACAGACUGCUACAGCUAAUACUGAUUGAGCAGUUUAAAGGUUGUGUCCCUGAAGGUAUGAGGCCCUAUCUUGAUGAGAAAAAGGCAGAAACCUUAGCCGCAACUGCUAGGUUAGCUGAUGAAUAACACGUUAACGCACAAAGCGAAGUUUACCCUGAGUAAAAGCUCCCAGAAGGGUAGUCAAGAGGGCGGAGAGAGUCUGCCAGAAAAGUCAGAAAGUAAGCUGGGGACUAGUGAGAAGGAUAAGGAAGACUGGGAGCAGUUUGGUAGGAAGGUUCCUGGGGUAGUAUGCUAUAAUUGUGGGAAAGCCGGACACUUUGCGUCCAGGUGCUUUGCCCCAAAGAAGGAGAUGGGGAAAGGAAAAACGAUGGUUCCGACUGGCUGUUGAGCUGGCAAACAAACCGCUAGGGGAGAAGAGGUCUGAUAAAGUUCAGGAAGGGUGCGAGAAGUUUAUCUCAGCCGGAUUGGUGUCGGUGAAGGAGGGGUUAAACCCGGUUCCAGUAUGGAUCUGCAGAGACACUGGAGCUUGUCAGUCAUUGAUCUUAAAGAGUGUGUUAGACUUUAGUUCAGAGACCCAGACUGGGGAGAGCAGGGUGAUAAAAGGCAUUGGGAAAGGGACUGAAGCAGUACCUUUGCACCAGAUACAUCUAAAGAGCAACUUGAUCUCCGGACCGGUCACGAUCGGGGUGAUGCCCGAAUUACCGAUGGUAGACGUGGAGGUCUUACUCGGUAAUGACCUCGCCGGCGGAAAUGUGUUCUCAGCAGUAAAACUGACAAGCCAGCCUGCCAGCAUUGAGGCCCCGCCCAUGGACUCACAGGUUUAUCCCGUUUGCGCAAUGACUUGGCGCAUGUCCAGAAAGGCUGCCAAAGCGAAUGUAGAUUUAGCUGAGAUGUUUUUACCAGCCUCGUACCAGGAGGGGUUAGAAAGUGAGAAGAAGGGAUGUAGUGAAACAGAAGCUGGGGUAGACUUAUCAUUAGCAAGGAAGGAAUUUAUACAGGCACAGGAGCGAGACAAGGAGCUGAUGGUUUUGACGAAGACAGCUCUCUCCGAAGCAGAAUUAAAAAGGGAGCCAGUGGGCUAUUAUGUGAAGGAGGGAGUACUAAGGAGGAAAUGGAGACCAAGUACCGUGCCCGCAGAUGAGGAAUGGGGGUGGUGCUGAAAAUUUAUGGGGAUGAGAUUCUUAAUCUGGCCCACAAGAUACUCCACAGUGGACAUUUUGGGGUCAGGAAGACAGUGGAUAGAAUCAUGAAAGAGUCUUACUGGCUGCACAGGAGGAAGGAUGCUAUUGACUAUUGUAGACGUGAGCUAACACACUUACAGGCUAUUGAUAUGCUAACAGCUUGCCACGAUAGGUGUGCGAACCUAGUUGGUGUUAUCACAAAAAUUAAUGAGGCUAGGGUGCCACCUGAUAAGGGGAAAACCCAUUUUGAAAAGAUAAGUAUGGUGCCGACCAGAUGGGAGAACUCUAUUGUUUUGGCCAACUUUGCUGAUGAGUUCUCUCACUUAACCCCCGAACAGAGUGAGUCGCUGAGAAAGAUAAUUAACCGGCAUGCACACGUAUGUCCGGAUGUCCCGAGGCGAUGCAAAGAGCCGGGACAUGGUGUUGUUUUCACAUCAGGUCAGCCUAGUAAGCAACACCCCUAUAGGAUGAUUAAUUCAGUGACAAAAGGGCUAAAGAAUGCAGAAGUGUAUAUUGGAGAUUUAGUGGUCUGGAGUGACAUGUGGGAGGGGCACAUUGUGGUAGUAGAGGAGCUGUUUAAAAAGCUGUUUGAAGCCAGCCUGACAGUGAACUCGCAAAAAGUGAAUUCAGCCACGCGAAGGUCACUUGUAUGGGAUUUGUGGUAGGACAGGGGCAUCUGGCACCGAUGCAGGCUAAGGUGCGGGCUAUCUCUGAAGUCCCCACCCCGACAGACAAGAGAGCCCUGAGAAGGUUCUUGGGGAUGGUGGGGUACUACUGGAAAUUUUGCAAAAACUCUGCGGAUAUUACCCUCCCUCUUACUAAGCUCUUGCUAAAGAAUGCUAAGUUUGUGUGGGACGACCUUUGUUAUAUUCGUCCGGGAUGGAAACCACUGAGAAUUUAUACUGAUCACAACCCAUUAGUGUUUUUGGCCACUAUGAAGGAUAAAAACAAAAGGUUGCUAAGUUGGAGCCUGGUCUUAGAGGAUAUUAAAAUAACACAUAUAAAAGGAACGGAAAAUGUGAUUGCUGACUGUCUGUCAAGGUGUUGAUAACUUAAAGUUCUCUGUAUUAGCCGAAUAGCUAUGACCCUGUAUAUUAGUGUGUAUCUAAUAAUGUAUUCAUGCCUAUAAUUUUUACCCCGGUAAAAAUCCUUUGAAGGAUGGGGGUGUGACGACAAACCUAGUUAUCAGAAGUUUGAUGCUGAUGAGAGAGAUAAGAGAGACAAAUGGAGAAACGUUCAAAAUGUUAAUGAGAGAGGAGAGAGAUAACGAAAAGAGACACAGUUCAGAGUAUUGACAGACCGGUUGCUUUGAACCUGAACUGUUUGAAGUUUGAUGGACAGGCGAUACCCCAGCAGGGGGAUAAAAAGAACAGGUUCGCUAAGGCAUGACACACCACGAGAUCACGAGAUAACGAGACCCUGGAAGAGUGGUGUGCCCCCACAAGUUGGUGGAAGUUCGGAGGUCUGGUCGUGGGAACCGAUCGUAGAUGCACAGGGUGAAAGGGUAUGAUCGGCGGGAACCUGGCGUGUGUGUCCGCCCUUACCUGGGUGCUGGGUUUACCGCGGAAGAACGGUCGUAUCCGGAGCGGAGGGGUCACAGUCGGUGACCACAGAAGACAUAAAAAAGGGUCCGCCCAAAAGCCAACUGCGAAGAACAUCUGCUGAAUCAGAUUUGCAUAUCUCUCUCUCUCCCUCCAACGGCACAACAGCGGUUACUGCGAACUGUACUAAGCUGAACUGAACUCUGUGUCACUUGAGACUGAUCAUUUUACCCCUAGACUGCGAUAGAGCUUGGUUGAUUCCUAUUACCCUAGUUCUGUGUACAUGUGUGUUUUACCAUUGCUAACCUGUUGCAUUUAUAUCCUUAUGCUUAGAGUACUGUGUUACUUAUUUCUUUAAUAAAAACUUUAUUAGCUUCUGUUAAACCAGACUCUAACUAAGUGGCCCAUUUCUGCUGGUUUGGCAACCCAGUUACGGGGUACGUAACAGUGAGAAUUUUGGAAAUUGGGACCAUGACUUCCUGGUCUUUAUGAUAGCCUUGGAGAUGGAUAGAAGCAAAUGGUAUAGGAAAGUAUUUAAUUGGGGGAGGGAAAAUUAUGAUGCUAUUAGGCAAGAACAUAGGAUCAGAAAUUGGGAACAGAUGUACUCAGGGAAACAGAAAUAUGGAGGUUGUUUAGGGAGCAAUUUAACGGGGUUCUGAAUAGGUUUGUCCCAUUAAGGCAGGGAAAGGACCCUACAGCAAAGGAACCAUGGUUGAUAAGAAAUGUGAAACAUCCAGUCAUCAGGAGGAAGAAAGUAGCAUACUUAAGGUUUAUGAGGCAAGAAUGAGACAGGGCUCUAAGAAAUUACAAGAUAGCCAAGGAGGUGCUGAAGAACAGGACAUCAGAAGACUUUGGUGAGUAGGAUUAAGGAAAACUCCAAGGUGCACUACACAUACACAAUGGACAGGAGGAUGACAAGAGUGAGGGUAGGACUGAUCAGGGAUAAAAGAGGAAACAUACCUGGAGCUGGAGGAGGUAGAUAUCCCUUAAUGGAUACUUUGCUUGAGUAUCCACCAAUGAGAGGGACCUUGAUGUUUAUAAGGUCAGUGUAAAACAAGCUAGAAUAUGUUGAUGUUAAGAAAGAGAGUGUGCUGGAAGCUUUGAGAAAUAUUAGGAUAGAUAAGUCCUCAGGGCUGAAUGGGAGGUGAGAGAAGAGAUUCCCACGUCUUUGGUGAUGACAAUUGUGUCCUCACUAGCCACAGGAGUAGUGCCACAAGACUGGAGGAUGGCAAAUGUUAUUAAGGAGGUAGGUAUAAUCCUAGAAAUUAUAGAUUAGUGAAUAUUACGUCAGUGAUGGGCAAACUGUUGGAGAGGAUUAUUAGAGGCAAGAUUUAUGAGCAUUUGGAGAAGCAUGGUCUGAUUAGGGAUAGUCAGCAUUGCUUUGUGAGGGGCAGGUCAUGCUUCACCAACCUGAUUGAAUUCCUUGGGGAAAUGACAAAACAAGCUGAUGAAGGAAGAGGAGUGGAUGUGCUGUAUAUGGAUUUUAGUCAGGCAUUUGACAAAAUUCCCCAAGGUAGGCUCAUUCAGAGAAUCACGAGGAAUGGAAUCCAGGAAAACUCAGUUGCUUGGAUUCAGAAUUUGCAUGCCCACAGAUGAUAGUAGAUGAAACAUAUUCUGCCUGGAGAUUGGUGACCAGUGGUGUUCACAGGGAUUUUUUUCUGGAACCUAUGCUCUUUAUCAUUUUAUGAAUGGCGUGGUUGAGGAAGUGGAACAGUGGGAUGGUAAGUUUGCAGAUACCACGAAGGUUGCAGGUGUUGUGGAGAGUGUAGAAGGCUGUUGUAGACUUCAACGGGACUUUGAUAGGAUGCAGAGCUUGGCUGAGAAGUGGCAGAUGGAGUUCAAUCCAGAAAAGCUUGAGGGUUGAAUUGAAGGCAGAGUAGAGGGUUAAUAGCAGGAUUAUUAGCAGAGGGAUCCAUAGAUCCCUCAAAGUUUCCACACAAGAUAAUAGGAUUUUUAAGAAGGGAGACUGAGUUCAAGAGUCUUAAGGUAAUGUGCAGUAGCUUUUCUCUUUGGAAUGAAGCAGGAUGAGAGGUGACUUGAUAGAAGUGUAUAAAAUGAUAAGAGGCAUAGAUUGAAUGGACAGCUAGAGACUUUUUCAAGGGUGGAAAUGGCUAAUACAAGGGGGCCUAAUUUUAAGGUGAUUGGAGGAAAGUAUAGAGUAGAAGUAGAUUUUAUAUAGGAUGUGUGAAGCACCUAGCCAGGGGUGGUGAUAGAGAUAGAUACAUUAGAGACAUUUAAGAGACUCUCAGAUAGACACAUGAUGAAAGAAAAAUAGAGGGUUAUGUGGGAGGGAAGGGUUAGCUUGAUCUUACAGUGGGGUAAAUGGUUGGUAUAACAUCAUGGGCCAAAGGGAAUAUGGAGUGCCAUGUAAUUUAUGUUUGACCUCAUUGUUGCAGUAGAGAAGGUCGAAAUCCGACAGGUUGGUGAUCGAAUGGGCAGGGGAAUUGCAAUGACAUGCACCCAGAGUACAGGUUCUGUGCAAAAUAGUUGUUUUGUCAGUACUUUGACUCACCAGUGUUGAGAAGGCCAGAUCUAGAGCACCAAGUGCAGAAGAUGAGUUUGGAGCAGGUGCAGAUGAAUCUCUGGCUCAUUUAGAUGGUCCAUUUAGGUCCUCAGGUGGUGGUGAUUGAGGAGCUGGAGAGAUACCACAUAUGGUUGCAAGGGAAAUUUGCUGGAGACUGGGAAGAGUAGCUGAAUGGAUGAGACCAGACAAAGAAAUCAUAGAGAAUCAUCCCUGCAGAAAGCAAAAAAGUGUUGCAGUGAGGAAAAUGUGAUUGGUGAUGGGAUGCCUGAUUAACUAAUAAUUGUACUUGA